GCAUUUGCGAAUAUCGAAAACCAGCGAAGGAAAGCCAGGUAUUUUGCCAUGUAUAGCAUUGUUUGAACCUUGCGACAAAAAAAGGCGCCGUCCGACGACCAUGGCUGCAAAUGAGCCCCUGCCCGAGGUAGAAAUUGGACUCGAGCAGGCAGGGUUGACCGACUCCUCCACGUACGACCUUCCAAAGCGACGAAGAGAAAAUAGCCUCGCGUACGAGGGCAUCCCGCUUGACAGCAAGAAUUUGCGCCUAAUCCGGAUCCAGCCUUCAGAUCAACUGCAUGAUCGAAUCAGCUGCAGCCUCACGGCCGUCCCUUUCGGCAGGCGGCCCAAGUACCAAGCCCUCAGCUAUGUGUGGGGAACGGAUACGGCCAGCGAGACCAUCGAGGUGAACGGUGUCGCAUUUCAGAUCGGGAGCAAUCUGCUAGGGGCCCUGAGGUUUCUCAGCACUAUGCGGAAUGAUGCUGCCGCCCAGGAUGGGUUCUGGAUCGACGCCAUCUGCAUAAACCAAGAUGAUAUCCAUGAGAAGAAUGCACAGCUGAGCAUUAUGGGACAAAUAUACUUUAGAGCAAGGUCUGUGCUUGUAUGGCUGAAAAACGGGUCGUCCCAAACCGCCUCUGCGGGGGUAGAUCAGCAGCAAAGAAUAUCCGAGUCACAAAGCAAACUAUCUAUCACUUCCAAGGAGAAAGCGAUGCUCCUCGAAGACCCUUAUUGGGACAGGUUAUGGAUUCUCCAAGAGCUGGGACGAGCGCGGCGCAUACUCGUAUGCUUGCGCCUCCAUACUGUGCCUUGGAAAGAGUUUGUGGCUCUCGUCGUCGGCCCCCCGUCUAGGUUCGAUGAAGACAUACCAGACAGAGGGCCCAUCUGGCUCGACACUGUCAUAGUCCAAGCAAAGUACGCCACCCUUGAGCAACUGCUCUGCGAUCACAUCCACGCCAAAUGUUCAAAUCGCCUGGAUAAGAUUUACGGCCUACUUGGCCUUGCCAUAGACGGGUUCAGAUUCCCCGUCGACUACCGGAAGACUCGGUUCGAGGUUUGGAGGGACACGAUUCGCUUCAUCAGCGAAACCAUCGAGACAGACUUGACGUCGAUGGCAAGGCUGGUCAAAGAGCUGCUCACCCGCGACGACCUGGUAGAUCCGCAGGGGCAUCAGUCGGGGUGUUUCAGGCAGCUCACCCCUCGAGAAAAGGACGCGAAGCUCAGGGUGGAGACGCUGCCGCCGGCAAAGCAGGGCCUGACCCUCACCGCGGCCAUCAUGGGCAUCAUCGCCAAGGUGGGCCCACCGGUGCUCGACUGCGUGGCUGAGCCGGUGCAGUGGUCCAACUGGAGAGACCAGGUGCAGCUGUCGCUCAAGAGCCCAGCCGACAAGGACGCGGCCAUCCGCGCCAACGACAAGCUCUUCACGUCGCUCCUGGACCUGGAGGACGCGCAGAUCCUCAACCUCUGCUCGAGCCGAGCGGGGCCGCACAUGUGGGGCGCGGGCGACGACGCGCUCGUCGGGGACGCGGCGCUGCAGGCGGCGCAGUGGGCGGAGCGGCUGUCGCUCGAGAGCCGGCUGGCGGACCGCCCGCCGGCGUCGGGGGCGUCGUUGUCGCUCCCGCGCUUCUGCCUGCUCGAGGCGGGCGGCGCGGCGCGGCAGCCCAUGGCGCCGGCGACGCAGCUGGGGUUGGUGCCCGGGGUGGCGCGGCCGGGGGACAUGCUCUGCCGGGUGCGCAACAGCUCGAGGGCGCUCCUAGUGCGGACCAUGCCCAAGCGGGACGCCCCGGGCAGCCCGGGCGGCGGCGGGGCCGCCAUGUACGUGCGCGGAGUGGCGACGGUGGCCGAGGACGUCGGGCUCGGGCCUGAGCCCCCAGACUACGACGCGCGCUGGCGCUCCGUGCAGAAUUUCCCCAUGAUGCGUGUCGUGCUGGACGCCGAGACGUUGCUGCAGCUCAUCGAAUAGGGUAGGAACGGGAAGAAGAGGGUUUGGGUGGGCGCGCGUUUCAAAGAGUCACCAACCCCGCGCCUGCGCUCUCUGGAUUCUUCCACAGAUCCGACAGCGUGACGACAAUAAAGAGACCACCGCUCUCGCAGCCCGUGCCGUGAUGAAAAAGAUUACCAAUCCUGAGCCUGCGCCUUCUGGAUUUCGGGAGUACGCCAAGCACUUUCCCAAGAUCCGAACGCGUGGAGACGAGGACGCUGCUGUGCUCGAGGCCCGUUAGCCAGCGGUCGGUAUCAUCGGGCCUUAAAAAGGCGGCUGGGGCUAUAAGCCAUCCGCUCCUCCUAAAGGGGACCAGAAGGGCCGU